CUUGUCGUAUGCUUGAUUGACGUGUGCUGACAUUUUAGAAGCAGCUAUCGCAAUACACACGAUCGAUCAUGAUCUGCCGGGCAUGUUUGCGCGCGCGGAGCGCCCCGACUUCCGAGACAUUCCUGUCGCAAAGGCUACUUCAGACCGCACAAAAGCAAUCGAUAUCAACGUUCACGGCAAGGCUGCGGCCGUCGAUGACGGCCGGCGUUCGGGCCUCUUGUAGCCAACUCUCCAAGAGACCGUCUCGACAUCAGCCCUUCUCAACGUCGUCUUCGAUAUCUUCUGCCGCGGCACAGCCCCAAGAGUCUGCUCCGACUCCUAGUGGAACACCAGAGAAACCGAACUACCUCUCCGAAGGCGAAUCGCAGAUUUGGGAUAUACUUGUGGCAGAAUUCGCGCCCACCCAGCUAGUGGUGCAAGACAUCUCGGGAGGAUGCGGGUCCAUGUACGGCAUCGAAAUCUGCUCUGAAAAGUUCCGUGGCUUGAACAUGCUGAAGCAGCAGCGGCUGGUCAACGCCGCGCUAGGGGACUUGAUGAAAGAGUGGCACGGGGUUCAACUGAAGACGAGGGUUCCGUAAGAGGGAUCGAGUUCGCAUCAUUGUACGGAAUACCUCAUGGAUCAAUUCGGCGCCGGAUAAGCCGUCGGCAUUGAUCGGACAUCUUGCACAAGCUGCAGACAUUCCACCCACCUCCUUCAGUACACUCGGACUUCAAGUUUAAUCCUCUGUUCUGCCUCCUCACGUCCGACUCCUCGCUGCGGUACCUUCC